UUAACAUCGGAAGUACAACAUUUGCUGUUGUCAGAAAACAGGAACGCAUGUGGUUUUGCCUUACUGAUAAAACAUUUCAACGUGUCAAGUGAUUUCAAGCUGCCGUCGAACUGUCCACACUCAUAUUCUACAUUGAGGAGAUACAGUCACCCCUUUCUCUCUUUCAAGCUGGCGGAGGAACCUGAAGCUAAGCAUCUAUAAUGUCACAGGCCACCAAACGCAAACACGUUGUCAAGGAGGUCCUUGGAGACUUUGUCACGCCCACAGAAAACCAGCAGAUUGUGAAGGUUAUUGGUAGCCGUGGUAACAACCUCCAUGAAACUGUCACAGCUCAGGGCGAGACCUUCCUGGUGAGCAUGCCCACCAAGUUCCGCAAGAACAUUUGGAUCAAGAGAGGUGACUAUGUGAUUGUGGAUCCUAUUGAGGAAGGAGAGAAGGUGAAGGCAGAGAUCAGUUUCAUCCUCUACAAAGAUCACAUUCAGUACCUGCAAAAACAACAGCUCUGGCCACAGGGGUUUAUGGAGGAGUCGUCAGCGCAGGACAAGACAGAUAAACAACAGGAAAAGGAAGAUGAGAUGGAGGAAAAAGACAAGGAGGAGGAAGAGGAAGUCAGUGACUCUGAGGAUGAUGAGAGCGACCUCUUUGUUAACACCAACCGCUGUAACUACCAGUACAGCGAGAGCGAGGAGGAGGACAGUGAGGAGGAAGAUGAGGACAAAUAGAGAAUGUGGCCAAUUGAGAGCGAGAGAGCUAUGAAAAUCAUGUGACAGUGUGCUCGGCUGUGCUGCUGUUAUCACUGAUUUGAAACAGUGAUGAUCCUCAGGCAGCAGCUGUUGUUUGACAGUCUGUUGGAGACACUAAAUAGCUGGACUCACUCAGUGGACUUGAACUUUACAAAGUAAGGAUAAAAUAUGUCCUGCUUGUAAAAUUGUUAACCAAAAAAAUCAAUGAAUCAGCAAGUUGAAUUUUAACAGAAAAUGAAUAAGAAUCCUGUGAUUUUCCAUGAGUGUAGGAUAACUUUCUACUGUCAUCUCUCUUUUCCUCUCUUAAAACAUGUUUAUAUAUUGACCUCCAGUGGAGCCAUUACUGUAUUGCCAGGACAUUAUAUUCUCAGGCAAUACAGUACAUUUGCAGGUUAAUACCAGUGUAAACUGAGUCUCUGUUCAGCCUCCUCUAUGAGACAAAAUAAAUGUUUGCAUUGUUGUCAAUGUUA